AUGGGGUGCCAUCGUACUGUUAGUUUGGUCGUGCUCGUGCUCGUGCUGCUGCUCCAGUGGCCGGCGUUGAGCUCUGCGUGGGCGCCGGUGUCGAGGACCAUCACCGUGGACAGUGAUGGGCGAGGGGAUUUCAGGAGCGUUCAGUCGGCGGUGAACCUCGUCCCGAAUGGCAACCGCGAGUGGGUCAGGAUCCACGUCCGGGCAGGGCGGUACAGGGCCCCCCAAUUUUUAGUUCGUCCCGGGCCCCCGAAAUCUCAGGACCGGCCCUGGCUGGAAGGGGAGGGCCACUCGAGCACCGAGAUCUACUUCGAUGACCACGCCCACGGCAGCACCGACCGCCUGAUGCGCCGCGGCGCCGACGCGAUGCAGACGUACGAGACGGCCACCUUUAGUGUCCACUCCAACGACUUCGUUGCCCGGGACAUCGCCUUCACCAACACGCACAACAGCGUCAACAAGAGUUGCGUCACCCAAGCGCUCGCGGCGCUGGUCGACGGUGAACGGAUCGCCUUCCACCGUUGUGCCUUCAGCGGCUUCGAGGACACGCUCUGCGACAACACCGGCCGGCACUACUUCCGUGAAUGCGUCAUCAAGGGCGGCGUCGACUUCAUCUUCGGCUACGCCCGGUCCAUCUACGAUGGCUGCACCCUCGUGUCCAACAUACCCCGGCGGUACGGCCGCCGCCGUGCCGGGUGGGUGACGGCGCACGCCGGGCAACACGCCGGCGACCCCGGAGGUUUUGUGUUCAAGGGCGGGGAGCUCCGAGGCACCGGGCGCCAGUAUCUCGGACGCGCGUGGAACAAGUACGCCACCGUCGUCUACUACCACGUGAACAUGUCCAGCGUCAUCGUACCGCAGGGGUGGGCUCCGUGGCACGCUGGCAGCGAGACUAACGACGUCGUAUUCGCAGAGGUUGGGUGCACCGGGCCGGGCUCAGACAUGGCUAGGAGAGUGCCGUGGGAGAAGCAUCUGACGGAGGCGGAGGUGGAGAAGUUCGUGGACAUGAGCUUCAUCGACGACGGUUGGCUAAGCAAGCAGCCAUAG